CUCAGUUGAAAUCGAACAGUACCAAGUGGAAAACGGAACCAUUAUCGAAUUUACACAUUUUUUUUAUUUUUUAUUUUACGUUGUUUAUUUGCUCGGCGAAUUUCGUCAGUUGUGCAAGUGUGUUCUAAGAACUUCAAUCCCAAAAUGCAACAGCUCCUGGUCGUGGCUCUUGUGGCGGUGGCCAUCACAUCCUUGCCCCAACUGUCCCUAGGUAAAAAGAUCGAGAAGCGUUGUGUGAACUGCUCGUACCGUACCUACUACACGUACGGCGACGGGCGAUCCCUGCAGCGGGUUGUCUACCAAAAUCCGGUCUACACACGUGCCCAAUCCUACGGAUGCAGCGGCAGUCCGUGCGGCGUGAAUGCCGUGUGCCAGGAGGCCGCCGGAGGACGUCCGGUCUGCUCCUGCCCGCCAGGAUUCAGCGGUAAUCCGCUCACCCACUGCAAUCGCGGCGAGUGCCUGGACAAUGUCGAAUGCCGCGGCGACCUGCAGUGCAAGGACAAUCGCUGCGUUAAUCCAUGCGUGGGUGCCUGUGGCAUUGGCUCCAAUUGUGAAGCCCGCAACCACGUGGCCGUGUGCAGCUGCCCGGCGGGCUACAAUGGUGACCCCUACCACGCCUGCCACCUCAACGAUCCUGAGGAGCAGUGCCAUCCGAGUCCGUGCGGCGUGAACACCAAGUGCGAGAUCAUCAACGGCGUGCCCACCUGCUCCUGCGUGCACGGCUACGUGGGGAAUCCGCUGAGCGGGUGUCGCCACGAGUGCGACCACGACGGCGACUGCACGAGCAGGGACAUGUGCAGCAACUUCAAGUGCGUGCCGGCGUGCGGCCAGUGCGGCACGGGCGCCACCUGCCGGACGGUCAGCGGACACCGGGCGGUCUGCGAAUGCCCCAAGGGCUACAUCGGCAGUCCCUACUCGGAGUGCCGGCCGGAGUGCUACGGCGACGCGGACUGUCCGGCCGGACGGCCCGCCUGCUUCUACGGCAUCUGCAAGAACACCUGCGAUGGCGCCUGCGGCGUCGGCGCCGACUGCAAUCUGCGCGGCCUGACGCCCGUCUGCAGCUGCCCCCGCGACAUGACCGGUGACCCCUUCGUCCGCUGCCGCCCCUUCACCAAGGAGGACCUCUGCGACCCCAACCCGUGCGGCACCAAUGCCAUCUGCGUGCCCGGCCACGACAACACCGGCCGGGAGCGGCCCGUCUGCAACUGCCUGCCCGGCCACACCGGCAAUCCGCUGAGCCACUGCUCCCGGGGUGAGUGCCUGAGCAACAACGAGUGUCCCGACCACCGCGCCUGCAUCAACUACCAGUGCAUCGAUCCCUGCAUCGGCAAGUGCGCCACUGGCGCCAGCUGCGAGCCCAAGGCCCACCUGGCGGUCUGCCGCUGUCCGCAGGGACAAUCCGGCGACGCCCUGGUGUCCUGCCGCCAGACGCGCACCUUCCCGGUGGCCAAAUACCACUGAGGAGGAGCAGCCCGGAGGAGUCGUCCCUGCAGCCGCACUGCCUGCCAGUCCAGUCACCUUUCGUCCCUGCCUACCUUAUUUCCCGAUUUCCCAUACUAGUCGUUGCAUUAACCUCGAACUCUCUCUAACUGAAGCGAACAAAAAUGUGUUGACAACCACAAAUAACACGAUUAAAUAAUAAUUAAA